AUGGCAAACAAUUUGAAUAACUUCCAAUUCCCAUAUUUCCUUACCCAUCCACCACCCCCUCCUCUUCAUCCCAUCUCUCCACCACCCCCUCCUCCUCAUCCCACCUCCCCACCACCUCACCUCCACCCUCCUCCUCCACCACCUCACCCUCAUCCUCCACCAUAUGUUCCACCACCAUCACCACCUCACAAUUACAUCAUAAUAAUAUUCAUUUUCUCGACGUUCGGUUGCAUUUUACUUGGUAUAGCUAUUCUAGCUUUCUGCUCAUGCUUCUUGAAGAAAAAGAAGAAGAGUACAAUGAUAAUUGAAGAGAAAGAAGUGAAACACAUUGAUGAUCAUGUUAAAAUGAAGGAAGCAAUUGUUGAAGGACCUCAUGGGAAACUUGAGACAAUAGUACUCUCAAUUGAAGAAGAUUUGCAUGAAAAGGAUGAUAUUAUAAGUAGAGCUGUCAAUAUGGGCUAG